CCUAAUGUUUGUGAGGCUGCAAGAGUUUUGAACUUUCUCCCCGAGAAUUUGCAUAACCAGAGGUUCCAUAGUCGUGGUUCUUCUUCUUCACAGUUCAUUUAUAUAAGAAGCACCAGUUACAGUUGUCACCAUUUGGUGAUCAGAACAAGAUUUCUGUAAAGUUUGAACGUGCAUUCAUGGCUUCAUCAGUUGUCCUCCACAAUCUGUGCUUCGCUUCACUCUCUAUACCGAAACGCUACUACCCCCAAACCCUAACCCUCACUCACUCUCAAUUUCUUUCCUCCAAAUCUUUCUUAAAGCUAAAGAGACGUACUUCGCUGUCUCAUCAAAUGGUGCGGCAAUCUCGGUCCAUUGCAACCGUCCUCGCGGCGCAAUCGAAUUUCUUGAAAGUUGUUCAAACAGCAUGGGAGGUUGGGAAGAAUGGGAUUGAGGCAGGAACAAAUCUGGUGCCUGACUCUGUACCAAGACCAGUUGCAAGGAUUUCUGUUACAGUUGUUGCAUUGUCUCUUUCCCUAUUUGUACUCAAGUCUUUCCUAUCUACAGCUUUCUUUGUUCUGGCCACCAUGGGACUUGUAUAUUUCACAUUCAUUGCCUUAAACAAAGAUAAGGGGCCAAAAGGAGACGGGGGCCCAACUUCUACAGAUGAUGCUUUAGAAGAAGCAAAAAGAAUAAUGGACAAAUACAAGUGACAACCAUAAGAGGGAGUACAGAAUCCAUGAAGAAAGAUGAUAAUGUUGUGGGCGCAGGAUGAAGAUGUCAAUUAGUAUGUCUCCACCAUGCUGAGCAAAGUCCCAUGCAAAAGGGGAAGUCCAGCUGGUAUUUUACCUUCUUUUUUUUUACAUGUCAAUACUCAGAUAAUUACAGUAGAGUGCUUGUUUUGAGUUUUGACCAUUGCUGCUGCUAGGCUUAUGUGAAAAGUGUUGAAGUUGUCCACAAAGCAUAAGUACAGAUUUAUGGACUUUGUCAAGUAGAGUCAAUGUGGAUUCUGUGUUUCAUAGUCCCUUCAAGUGUAACAUUUAAUUGAGCUUUUAACUGCGGCGUGCCUUGCAUUUCCA